AUGAGUUGUGACAACUUGGCUUAUCUUCUAUCCAAUGAUAGCUCAUUAGUUAUUGGAGGGUGCAUUUCCGUUUGUGAGGAAGACACCAUAAAGACAAACGGCAGUAGUUGCAAUGGCGUCGACUGUAGCCAAACCACAAUCCCUUCAGAUCUCGAUGCGUUUACCAUAAGGAUACAGUCAAUGAACGAACCAAGUCCUUUUGAAAGAACCAAAGAUUGCAAGUAUCUCCUUAGUAGAUCAGAGUGGUUCGAGGAAAAUUUAACAAACCACUUUGAAGUCCGAAAAAUGUCUCACGUUCCUGUGGUAUUAAAUUGGGAAAUAAAUGCAAACUUAUCUUUUCUUGUAAUGGGAAUUGAUUCAUCUCACUCAACCUGUCAGUUUGCAAAUCGUUCUUCGUCAUUGGGUAAUAUGAGUUCAACUUUUUCAUGUUCUUGCGACUCCGGCUUUGAAGGAAAUCCCUAUCUUGUUGAUGGAUGUCAAGGGAAGUACACCACCACGCUACCUUUCUUCGGCAGAGAUAUCAAUGGGCCUGCACACCCGUGCCGAAGCUCCAAACACACCGAAGACGAAGAUGAAGCCGAAGCUGAUGCUGAUGCUGAUGCACCCACCACCAAAUUUGAACUCGACCCACCAUUGCUAUUCAACUCGACUACAGAGAACAACGAUGAAGAUGUUGAAGACGAGCCCGACAAUGUCGUUUCGUCCUCCUCGGUGGUGUUCAGAUCGAUUAGAUAA